AUGGAUUAAUAAUAGGGUAACUAAAUAUGAAUGAAAUUUUAGGUUAAUAUUAGAUUCUUAAUAGUCCAUAAAAUUUAGAGUUGAAUAAUAAUUAAGAGGGCAACUAGAAAAAUGAGCUUCUGGAGUAAAUGCUAUAAGCUAAAGAGAAUGAAGAUUUGAUAUAAUGGCUAAUUGUUUAGUUGAAUUAAGCAAAAACACUUUGUACUGAGUUAAUGAGAGAAAAUGUAGUUUUAGAUUAUAAUCUUAGAGUAAAAAUGAAGAAACACACUUAAAGAAUUUAAUGCAUAUAAUUGAAAAUUCAUUGGAAAGAACGAAAACUUCUAAAAUUAAUUUAGAAAAUGAUAUUAGCAGUAAUUCAGUUUCUUAAGAAUCCUAUUGUAAUCAAGGGACCUCAAUCUCUAAUUAAGACAAUUUUUUAACAAAUAUUAAUUAAGUUAGUGAUUUGACUAAAUAAAUAGCAUUCUUUAAUUAGGAAUUCCUGCAGUCUCCUUGUAUUAUAUUCUUAAUAGAUAUUUAGAGGAAGACGAUUAAUAUGAUUUGUAAAGAGUAUCCGAAUAAUUUAGACACUCUGAAUAAUUUUCAGAAUAUUAUUAAAUGCAUAAUCAUUAAUAAUAAUAAAAAUAAAUACAAUAACACAUGAGUUAAGAGGAAUAAUCUCCUAUAUCGCAUAGGUAUAUCUGUAUUUAAAUUUUUUUAGAAUAAAUGAAGAAUUAACAGAAUCUUAACUAAUAAAGCUUAGAGCAAUUGCAAAAAAAAUUUAUAAAUUCAACUCAGAACUCAAUGAAUUAAAAGAGGGGGCGAAACAUUAUGUUUAAUAAGUUUUUCAUAAUUAAAUCUAAUAAACCGCCUAAUAUUUUGAGUCUUUAAUGGAAUACUAAAACACUUAACAUGAAAUUCAAUAAAGGCUAAAUUCAGAAUUAGAAUAAUAUUAAUAAAUUGAAUCAAUAGCUAGAGAUGGUAGUAAAUUUGAUUAGCUUUUAAAAUAAUAUUUAACUAAGAUCAAAGAUUAUUUUUUAAAAAUAAAUUAAAUAGAAAUAGGAGUUAAAGAAAAAAUAAAAGAAUUUAUAGAAAAUUAAUUUCAUAAAUUUUCUUAAGCUCUUUAAAAAUUAUUAGCUACAUAAUCUAAAAUAAAUAACACUGAAAAAGAAAAACAAAUAGAAUAGUUAAAAUAAAAUCAUUAAAUAUUAAUAAAUUAAAAAGAUAAAGAAAUAGAAGAUUUAAAUAAUAAAUAUAAUGAAGCAUAAGAAUUAUUAAACCUUACUGCAUAUAAUGAUAGUAAUAUUUGUUCAAAGAUUACAUAAAUUAAUAUGCUAUUAGAAAAAACAUCUUUGACUAUUAAUUAAACAACUUAAAAAUUAGAUUAUAAUAAUUUAGAGGAAAUGAAAUCAUAAAUUAAAUAAAUUAAUUAAACUUUUACUGGAGAAACUUAAGAUGAUAUAAAGAAAUUAAAAGAAUAAUUAAAUUAAAAAGAAAUAAUCAUAGAAUAAUUAAAAUAAUAAAAAUAAGAAUAUGAAAAUUAAGUAAAAAAUAAUAAUAAUUCAGAUAUUUUAUAAAAGAAGAUUGAAGAAAUUUAAUCAAAAUAUAAUUAAUAAUUUAAUUAAGCAAAUUAAAUAUAUUAGAAAACUAAUAAAAUAGAAGAAAUAAGAGAAGAAUUAAGAACAAUUAAUUCUUAUAUACAAGGUGAAUAUGAAAAAUUAAGAAUUAAGUAUGAAGAAGAGAAAAAGAAAGCAAUUUAAACAUAACUUGAAGGAUCUUUUAAAUUAUAAGAUCGAUCUCUUUUAUAUAUAUAAUUGGGUCUUAAAAUAUUUUAAUAAUAUUACAAUUCUCAUAAUUCGAAUAACUAAAAAAUUAAAAAUUAAACAGAAAAAUUGAUCAAAUUCCAUGAAAACUACUAAAAAAAAGAAUAUUUCAAAUUAACAGAUUUAUAAUAAGUUUAAUAAUUCUAUAUAAAUUAAGAAGGAGAACUUAAAGCAUUAUUUGAUGAUUCUUUUAAUGAAUAUAAAAAUUUAUUAGCUGAUAUAACAAAGAGAAGAUCUUAAUGA